AAGAAGAAGAGCGCUCUCCUGCUCUUCGCUCGCUCCUUUUCCCUCUGAAACUAAGCGAGCUGGAGGGACUAUAUUCCCCUCCUCUUCCGGCGGAGGGAUAUUUCUUGCUUCCAUCCUCGCGAGAGGGAGCGGCGGAGGGAUCUGACGCUGUAGGCGGAGUUGCGUGCCGUGCGCAGAGUGGAAGGGGAUCCGGCAGAGAGAGACAGAGAUAGGGAGAGAGAAGGAGAGAAAGAGUCGGGGGCAGCGAUCAAAGGCGAGGCGGGGAGGAGGGGGCGCCAAGGACGACGCGAGCAAGGCGAACCCCCCCUCCCUGGGGAGGCAAAGGACGCGCCCCCCUCCUCCGCCAGUGGACCGAGCCAGCCACCCCUCCCCCUUCUACCUUUCAGCCAAUCAGCUGGGGGGAGAGCGGUGAUCGACAGCCUCGGCGACCAAUCAGCGCUAGAGGGCGAGUGGGGGAAAAAGAGCGAGGGGGGUUAGUGGAAAGCGCCACUCGCAUCGCCCUCAACGGCCUGCGCUCUUAAAGGUACAGCUGCGGGGAGGGGGCGGAUUCGGAACGGGGAGGGGGACACUUUCCGCCGGAGGACAACAAAGCGCCCUCUCUCCAGCAGCUCCUGUCAAUGGCUUUAAAGGGAGCGCGGCCCUCUUAAAGGGGAAGUUCUCGUCAAGGCCUUCAUUGUGGCGGAAAGGGAGGGCGAAAUUCGGAGGACUUAAAGGGAAGGGAGGCCGAGCUGACACAAGGAGGCAAUAAAUAAAAGGGGUUUGGAGAGAAUAAAUUUGUGGGCGAAGGAAGACUGCUCUAGAGUUUAAAGGGGAGGCCAUGCCUUGGCAGGAAAUGUGUGGCGGACUUUAAAUGGCGGACUCUUAAAGGAGAGGAUUUAAAGGGAAAAAGGAUGAGGCGUUGAGAGAGCUGGGUUCUUAAAGGCAAGGUCACACCCUGAAAGCCAAGGAUCCAAGGAGAGGAGCCCUUUUCCUUCUGGAGCAGCAAAGCCAUUGGAGAGACCGGCGAGAGAGGAAGCGGCCCCGAGGGAGCCUUCGUCGUCAUCGCCCUCCUCCUCCUCCUGGAAAGGGAGGAAGCGGCUGCCCUCUGAGCGGAAGCCAUUGGCCAUUGUUGGCAGGAGAAGUGGCAUCUGCAGUCUUAAAGGGGAGGCUGUGCAAUGGCUUCAGGAGGCCUCCUCAGCCCCGCAAGAAAGCCCUGAGGACAUCGCAGGAAGAAGCCACUUGCAGCAACCAGGCACUUAAACCAGGAGCUUCCUUCCAGCCACGCACCCCCGAGAGGCUCUCUUGACAGGGGCCUUUCUUGCCUGGCUUUGGCCUUUCAAAGGCGCCUCCAUCCCGAGAGAUGUAAAAACCCCCCCUUGUCUGGCAGGCCUUCCCUCCGGGACGCAAAGGGAAGCCCCAGCUUCAAAGAAGAGCUCUCUGUCUUUCCCUCUCUAAAUCCGAUCUAUUGAAUUAAAGUAUUUAAUUCUUCUUUAUUUUAAUUUAAUGGCCUUCUCUGUGAAGAGGGAGACGUAAAUGCAGCUAAGCAAGACUCUGCUGCCCUUGCUUCCCCUCAGAGGGAAUUAAACUUGGCUGAAAGAGGGCUCUUCCAAAGCGAAGAGGGCUCUAAAUCGAACUGUUGGAGAGAGAGGCUGACAGCGGCCAGAAGCAGAGGCCAAGGGCUUCUCUUUGGGAAAAAGCCUUUUUUAAUUUCCCAGCCCCUGGGGCUUCUCUCGCUGGUGUUCAGAGCAGCUGCGAUGCAACUGGCUGGCGAAGGCUGAAGGGCGCACCCCCUUCCCUCGCACGUCUGCAGCAUCCACCGGACCAAAAACGACCCACUCUUUGUGCCCCAAAAGAGGUGCCAUGGAAGGAACGGCGACAGCCCCUGCCCCAUGCUGGAGCGGUGGAGGGGGCAGCAGUAGCCGGACGCGGAGGAAACGUCGUUGCUCACGGCGGGACCGUGAGAGCCGCUGCACCCGCCGCCGGGGAGGUCGGACUGGGGACGCUUCCCACCGGGGCGUCUUGUCAUCUUCGUCUUCGGGGUCAGACAGCGAAGGGCCCUCCCCGCCUGCCCCCGUGGCCCCCGGCAAAGGACGCCCCAUCCAGCAGCAGCAGCACCGCCGCCGCCGGCCCAUCCGCCGGCCAAAGAGAGUCUCCGGAUCAUCCUGCAGCCGUGAGGAAGAGGAGGAAGAAGAGGAGGAGGAGGAUCUCAUCGAUGGUUUUGCCAUUGCCAGCUUUGUCAGCCUUGAGGCACUUGAGAAGGAUGCAACUUUGAAGACCCCUGAGCGGUUAGAGCUUCGAAUGAAACAUUCUGGGAAGAGAAAACGGGGUGAGGGAAACAACUCUGAGCCAGAUGAUGAGGAUGGGAGUUCAGAGAAGGGGCGCAACCGCAGCUGUGGAGGGGAACGAGCGGUGAGAAAGCGUAGCAAGAGGCGGCACGAAGAGCCUUCUCUCCAAUCCUACUUGGAAACUGGAUAUAUAUGUGAUGCAGAAAGUGAUCCAGAGGAGCAGGCCUCCAUUGAUGACCUCGACCAGUCAUUCACUGUCUCAACCAGCAAAGCCUCGGGACCCAUUGGUGCAUUAAACGGGAGCUGUGAAGCCAAACUCUCUGUGAUCCGGAAAGUCUCCGGCCUGGAGCGGAGCCAGGAGCGUAAUUAUGAGGCUGACCGGGAUGCCCUGCUAGUGCCUUUCCUGCCCAAGGAACCCCCUUCUCAGGCAGCUGCAGCCCCUGUUCCAGCCCAGGCCUUGCCCCCAAGUCCUCCUGUCCUGCCUCCUGCCAGGACUCGGGCUCAGACACCUAAUGCUGCUGUUCGUGGAACACCACAGCCUAAAGGUCAGCUGCCUCCAACACCUCAGGGGGGGUCGGCUCCCCACAACCUCGGCCAGAGCCAGCUGCACAUGAAGGUACCACCCUUUCCUAGCCAGACGCAGGCACCAUACGCUGUCGGGCUGGACCUCAGCACCGGAGGGUGCAGCCGUGGUGCAGCUCACCCCAAGCCCAUCCUGCCUUCCUGCUCCCCCUCUUCCUCUCAGCUCCCUCACCGACCCUCUACCCCCUCACUGGCCCUGCCUCCCCAUGCCUUUCCAUCCACUCUUCGGCCUCCUUCCCACCACCACACAGGCAUGUUCACCCCCUCGCCCGGCCUUCCACCGCCACCCCCGCUGCUUCAAGUCGCUGGGCACCCAGCUGCAGCUGCUGCUAUAUCUGAGCAAGAAUUAAUCCGCCAAGACCUGAGCUCCCGAUUCCUCACAGUGCAGAGCGGAGCCGACAUGGGGGCUGCCACCAUCCGCCCCUUGGCCUUCCAGUUCCACCAACACAACCAUCAGCACCAGCACACCCAUCAGCACACCCACCAGCACUUCACCCCUUUCCCCCCAGGAAUGGUGCCCACACCCAGUUCAGCUGUGUUUGAGAAAUACUCUGGCAAGAUGGAUGGGCUUCUGAGGCAUAAUUUUUAUGCCGCAUUCCCCCCAACCGUGUCGGGGAUCUCCCCAGUCCUGCCUCCCGCUGUGACUUUUGGCUCCCUGCAGGGGGCGUUCCAACCUAAGAGCACUAACCCUGACCUGCCAUCCCGCCUAGGCGCUGUCCCACCCACUUUGACCCAGAAAGGGGCUCAGCUCACAGAUCCCUUCCGACCAACACUGAGAAAGCCUGGGAAGUGGUGCGCUAUGCACGUCCGUGUGGCAUAUAUGAUCCUGCGGCACCAGGAGAAGAUGAAGGUAGGGUGGGCCUGCGCUGCCUCCCCCCUCCACCUGCGUACAGUGAUGGGGUGUGGCGCAGCUCCUGCUGCUGGCUGUCAGAGGGUCGCUGCAAGCAACGGGAGAGGCCUCUCCCCUUCUGCUCUUCUGAUGCCUGUGCUGGACCCUGGAUCAAAGUUGGGGUCUUUGAUGCAAGGUGACCCCCACAAAUUGGAUUUCCGGAAUGACCUCCUUGCUGGCUUGCCUGGGACUGGGGCUUUUGGUGGUUUGCCCCAUAGCCAGGAAUUGGCACGCCCUGCAACUCUCUUCAUGGCCUCUGGUGGUCUCCACCCUGGCAGUGGGACAUCCUUCGGUCCUGCCGGCACCCCUCAUGGCUCUUUCCUCAGUCCCAGCCCACACAUUGAUCCCUUCAGCAGGCCCCCCAGCUUUGCCUCCCUGGGGGCACUCUCCAAUGGCGCUUUUGGAGGCCUGGGGAAUCCAUCCUUCAAUUCAAGCACUGUCUUUGGGCAAAAGGACAGCCCUGGAGCUCCACCCUUCCCUAGCCCCCAUGAGGCCUGGAACCGCCUCCACCGCACGCCCCCUUCCUUCCCCACUGCCCCAGCCUGGCCCAAAGGUGGCACUGGAGAUGGGACUGAGCGUGGAGGUGCCCCACAUGACAAGGAGGGUGAAAAGCCAGAUGGGCCAGUGAUCAAGGAUGAAAAGGACAGAGAUGCCCUCUUCUCCCGCCAUCCCCUGCGUGCUUCUCCAGCUACUCCCACCCCAAAGAAUACUGCACUGGCCCACGAGGAGCCCGCAGGUCGUCCCCAUGUGCCAGUGGAACGUGAGCAUCGCUAUGGAAGCCCAGCAAGUUCAGGGCAUGCUUCCCGCUCACCUUACCCAGAGCUGCCUCUAAAGAAGGAAGUGAAGGUCAAAGAAGAGCCAGAGUUGACUGGGUUCGAGGGAGCAUUACGCACGGGAGCACCCUACCACAGCACCCUGCAUGUCUCCAAUCCCUUGGGAACACUGGCUGUGUUUGAACGGCCCCAGGCCGGGACUGGUGGAAGUGUUUCACCAUUCCUGGUGGCUGCCCCGCCUUCAGCUGCCUCCUAUGCUGCACUUGAAGCUUGGCGUGAGCCCUACCACCGGCGGCUGGAGUUGCACUCACUGCAGCGCCAGCCCCUGUACCUGGAGGCUCCGUCGCCUGCCGCCACAGCUGCUGAGGACUAUGAACGGGCCCGGUUAUAUGGUCUGGCCCCACCCCCCCACCCUGGCCUCAUGGCCUAUCCCCGCCACCAAAAUGGGCUGCUGGCCAAAGCCACUCCUUCGGCAGCAGCAGCGGCUGUGGGUCUGCUGAGUGCUCCCCCACCUUUGAUCCCAGCUUCCAAUGCUCGGCCCUGUUCUCCUCGACGUGCCCCUGACAUCCGAGAAUUGGCAGCUGCCUACAAGGACCGGGACUCCAGAUAAUGGGGCUGCAGGGGGGGGGGUCUUGGCACGUGAGCGCUUGUACUGAUCAGCUUCCCUUGACUCUGGUGGACUGACAGACAGGGUCAGCGUGAACCCUGGGCGGAUAUCUAGGCUCCCCUUCACCUUAGUGGGGAUAGAAGCGUAGCUGCCUGCCACCUUAGACUGAGGUAGGGAUGUGAUGCUGCUGCUGCCACCACCCCAGAAAGACUCUAGACUCCAUUAGCAUUGAGUUUUCUAGCCUCAGGUUGAGGCUUAGGAUGAUAGGGUCUCUUUGGGGUGUUGCUAGUUGUGGGGGCCCCUCAGUCUGUGUUCUUGAUUUCUGCAAAAGAUCCCUCUUUCUGCCUCUGUGGAUUUGGGUGUCCUGUCAAGGGAUAUGGUGUCUGCUUCCAGUAUUCCUGCUGGGCUGAAAUGAUGACUCUGGGGUGUGCUCUUCUCCCUCCAUGAACUAAUGGGAAGGCUGCUUUCAGGGGAGGGGGGCUGUAUCUUGUGUUGCCUCCCCUCAUGAGGCAGUGUAAAUAUUUAUAUAUUCUGCCCCAGGCAGGCGGGGAAAAAGGUUUUUGUACAUUUAUAAAAGGUUUGAGAUUGUGAUUUUAAAAGUGACUUCUCUCUCCUCUCCUGCCCUUCCUUCUUCUCCACAGCUCCCCUUGUUUUUACUGUACUGCUCUUUUCUAUACCUGUAUCUGCUCCCUUCCCACUUCUGGCUCCCUUUCCUCCUUCUGUAAUUGAUUGGAAAGGUGCAACAAGGAGGGUGCGACGCACUUGUCUGAUGCCCUUUUCUUCCCCAGGUUGGUUAAUUAAAUCCCAAACUGGUGCUUCUGGA